AUGACUGGCAGUGUCGGCUGCAAGUAAAUGUUUAUACGCCAGUAUUUAAUGCAGUAUGACCCUCACAGGAUGGAGACUAAUAUUAAAUCGAGUAAUGAUCAUACCCCAGCGCUAUGUCCUCGGGGUGAUGGGUUUAUUCGCUUUAGCGAACUCUUUCACAAUGCGGGUCUGUCUCAGCAUGACGAUCACACAGAUGGUAACGCACACGGCUUCCACAGAACACGUUAUUGGUGAAACUUGUCCUGAUCCGGACAUAUCGAACGUUACUGUCAGAGAGGCUCCCAAUAUGACGCUGAUGAUAUAUGAGCGUCGCGAAAAAUAUGAUUGGAGCGAAGCAACCCAAGGAUUCCUGCUUAGUUCCUUUUAUUAUGGAUACGUGCUGACUCACCUGCCCGGCGCUCUUCUGGCGGAGAAGUUUGGUGGAAAAUGGACUGUUGGGCUCGGUCUGUUGACUACGUCUGUGGCCACUGUACUAACCCCAUGGGCUGUUACUGUUGGAGGCGCUGUUGGGUUGUUUAUAAUUCGUGUUAUUGAGGGAAUGGGAGAGGGUCCAGUAACACCAGCGUUUGUACUAUUAUUAGCGCGAUGGGUACCCCCAUCUGAGCGGUCUCGAUUUGGCGCUAUGAUAUUCGGUGGCGCCCAAAUUGGUAACAUUUGUGGGCCCUACAUCUCAGGCUUGCUGCUGAAUAAUGGUGGAGAUUGGGCCAACGUGUUCUAUGUGUUUGGAGGAUUGGGGAUAAUAUGGUUUAUAUUCUGGAGCCUCUUAUGCUACAGUACCCCAAACUCCCACCCGUACAUAUCGGAUCGGGAGCGGGAGUACUUGAAGGACAGCGUCAUCGCCUCCGGUCUACACAAGAAGCUGGACCCGGUGCCAUUUAAGGCCCUGAUGAGAUCGCCGCAGCUUUGGGCCCUGGUCGCUGCGGCUAUCGGGCACGAUUGGGGCUAUUUCACAAUGAUCACCGACCUCCCGAAGUACUUCUCCGAUGUUCUUCGCUUCAACAUCAAAGAGACAGGCCUCAUGUCCGCCUUGCCCUACAUGGCUAUGUAUGUGUCCUCGUUUCUGAUGGCUGGUAUGUGCGAUUUAUGCAUCAAGAAGAAAUGGCACAGCAUCAGCACGGGCAGGAAGAUAUACACGACACUAUCCUCUUCCGUGCCGGCAGUUUUUAUCAUGCUGGCCUCGUACUCGGGCUGCAACCGGGCGGAGGCCGUCGGCCUCUUCAUAGCGUCCAUGGUUUUCAUGGCAGGCUUCUAUAGCAGCGUCAAGAUCAAUGCAAUGGACAUCGCGCCGAACUACGCAGGAACGUGCUCUGCAUUUGCUAAUGGGAUCGCAGCGAUUUCUGGCAUGAUUACACCUUAUUUGAUCGGGUUGUUGACUCCUGAUCAAACAGUAGGACAGUGGCGCAUUGCAUUUUGGGCAGUAUGCUCGGUGCUAGUAGGCACUGAUAUCCUUUACCUGAUCUGGGGAAGCGGCGAGCCGCAGUGGUGGGAUGAUGUGGACAAGUACGGCUAUCCUCCAGAUUGGAAACAUGGUCCGCUGAAAAAACGAGCCCAGGACACUGAAAAGAAGAUUGUGUAUCCUAAGCAUGAUCAUUCGCCCGUCUCGACUGACUGAAAA